GCUCCGCCAUGCCAUGUCCGCGCUCAACUGGAAACCCUUCGUGUACGGCGGGCUCGCCUCCAUCGUGGCCGAGUUCGGCACCUUCCCCGUGGACCUCACCAAGACGCGGCUGCAGGUGCAGGGCCGCGAGGGCCGCUACCGGGGCAUGUUCCACGCGCUGUUCCGCAUCUGCCGCGAGGAGGGCGGCCGCGCGCUCUACUCGGGGAUCGCCCCCGCGCUGCUCAGACAGGCCUCCUACGGCACCAUCAAGAUCGGCAUCUACCAGAGCCUGAAGCGCCUCUUCGUGGAGCGCCUGGAAGAUGAAACAUUACUAAUCAAUGUGAUCUGUGGAGUGGUGUCAGGGGUGAUCUCCUCCGCACUUGCCAAUCCAACCGAUGUGCUAAAGAUUCGAAUGCAGGCUCAAGGCAGUUUAUUCCAGACUGGCAUGAUUGGCAGCUUCAUUGAUAUCUACCAGCAGGAGGGUACCCGAGGCCUCUGGAGGGGUGUUGUUCCGACGGCCCAGAGAGCUGCUAUCGUGGUCGGAGUGGAACUGCCAGUCUACGACAUCACCAAGAAACACUUAAUUCUGUCAGGCCUGAUGGGCGAUACAAUCUUUGCCCACUUUGUUUCUAGUUUUACCUGUGGCCUUGCUGGUGCCAUUGCCUCCAACCCCGUGGAUGUGGUGCGGACGCGGAUGAUGAACCAGCGAGCGAUAGUGGGCAGCGUGGAGCUCUACAAGGGCACUCUGGAUGGUCUUGUGAAGACGUGGAARAGCGAGGGCUUCUUUGCACUCUAUAAAGGUUUCUGGCCUAACUGGCUUCGGCUUGGUCCCUGGAACAUCAUUUUUUUUAUCACGUACGAGCAGUUGAAGCGACUUCCCUUCUGAGAACCGGCUUUGUUCCACGAGGACCAUCUUCCAGACUUGUGGCAGAGCUUUGCUGCUGCCUUCCUAGUCAUUUCGCCACCCUCAUGUUCUGUUGUUUUGGUACAAGUGCAUCUGGACCCUCAGCCCCCCGAAACUGCAUGGUCCCUGGAGCAUGUUCUGGCUGGAGUGAAACUGGGAGGCUCAAGGCAGAUACUGCAUGUUUUUUUUCUUUGUUUUUCUUUCUUUUCUUUUUUUUUUAUUUUAUUUUUGACACAGAGACUUAUUGUACAAGUGUCCAGGCCAGAAGCAGUAUCUUCUGUGAAGAUCUAUGCGUUCCAGCGGCCUUUGGAUGCAGUGGUGUUUUGUUGUUUGACUCAUGCAUUUCUCUGCCCUGCCUGUGGGCUCAGGCUGGAGGCUGGACAGGGCGCUGUCGUGUUUUCCUGCAGACGUGUAACCUCA